AUGACAGGACCAAAAAGACAGUCAGUGAAUGGUUCAUCUUGUUUGAAGAUUUCAUUUGACGAUAGUGCUUUUCUAAAUGAUUCAUUUUCUUUUACUAAAAAUGUCUCUCAACACUCACAAGAAAUUGAUAAAGAAAAUAUUCCAAUAACUGUGAGUCCAUUGCCCUCAACCACAAAUUUAUCUACAAAACCUGUAAACAAAUCAAUUUCAUCAGUACAAAAUGAACAAUUCAAAUUUUCUGAGUCAGAAGACAAUAAACUAUCAAUUUUGGGUCUACCAGCUGAAAUCCUACAAAAAUACGAAUGUCGCAAUGUAACACGUAUAUUUCCAUGGCAGUUGGAGUGCCUUUCCUGCAAUGGCGUCCUGGAAGGCAAAAAUUUAGUCUAUUCUGCACCAACUUCCGCCGGAAAAACACUAGUCGCUGAAAUCCUGGCCGCGAAAACGGUUCUCGAACGCAAUAAAAAAGUCAUAUUUAUUUUACCGUUUGUCUCCGUCGUGCGGGAGAAAAUGUUUUACUUCCAAGACAUUUUUGGAUCCAGUGGUAUACGUGUUGAAGGUUUCAUGGGCAGUUACAAUCCGCCGGGUGGAUACAAAAACAUAAACGUUGCCAUUUGUACAAUCGAAAAAGCAAACAGUUUAAUCAAUCGGUUACUUGACGAAGGUAAAAUUGGAGAUAUAGGUGCUGUAAUCGUGGAUGAAUUACAUCUGAUUGGUGAUUCAAGUCGCGGGUACCUUUUAGAACUGUUAUUAACCAAGUUGAAUUACAUUUCACGCAAAGAUGAUCUCAAGAUACAGAUUGUGGGAAUGUCAGCAACGUUACCAAACUUAGAUUUAUUAGGAAAAUGGCUGGAUGCGUCUUUAUACGUCACAACAUUCCGUCCAAUACCACUCAAUGAACAGUGUUUAGUAAAUGGGGACAUUUUUAACUCAAAAUUCGAACUAAAGCGUAGAUUAGAUAAUAUUCCAGAGUUAGAAAUGGAUACAGACAAUAUUCUACAAUUAUGUUUAGAAACCCUGUUGGAAUCUUGCAGUGUUCUGGUGUUUUGCCCAACGAAGAUCUGGUGUGAGAAUUUGGCUGUGCAAAUCGCCAGUGCUUUCUUCAAAAUUGGCAAAUCUGAUUCCCGCCUUGGUGAAGAGUUGCGAAAUAAAUUACCUGUGGAACCCAUCAGGGAAUGCCUCGAACAACUUAAAAGAUCUCCUGCUGGUUUGGAUGAUGUCUUACAGAAGACUGUAAGUUUUGGUGUUGCAUUCCAUCAUGCUGGGCUUACCAUGGAUGAACGUGACAUUAUAGAAGGCGCUUUCCGAACUGGAGGUCUUCGAGUACUUGUCGCCACCUCCACUUUAUCAUCAGGUGUGAAUCUUCCUGCAAGACGCGUGAUAAUUCGCAGUCCUACCUUUUUUGGGAAACCAAUUGAUGUUUUAUCCUAUAAACAAAUGGUUGGUAGAGCUGGGAGAAUGGGUAGAGACACCUCAGGUGAAUCAAUUCUAAUCUGUCAGAAGAAGGAUCUUGCAGUUGCAAAGGAUUUGAUGUCUGGGGAAUUAGAAGCAAUCAGUAGUUGUCUAGAAGGUUCAGGAAGACUCAAAAGAGCUUUACUUGAAGUUAUAGCCUCAAAGGUUGCUUCAACUCCUGAUGAAAUAGACACAUUUGGAAGGUGUACCCUUCUCAAUCAAGAAGGUACAGCAAUAGGUAAUCCAAUAACAGAUGCUUUGGACUUUCUGCUGAAGUAUCAAUUUAUAAGACUACAAGUUGAUCAAGAAGAUACUUCUAACCAACAGUAUGUAGCUACACCUCUUGCAAAAGCAUGUUUAAAUUCAUCUAUGCCACCAGAAGAAGGUCUUGCUUUGUUUGCAGAGUUGGAGAAAGCAAGACAAUGCUUUGUUCUGGAAACAGAAUUGCAUUUGAUCUACUUAGUAACUCCUUUCAGUGUCCAAAUUCAAUCAAUUGAUUGGAUGCAGUUCUUGGAACUCUGGGAGAAACUCCCAGCUAGUAUGAAACGUGUUGGUGAGCUGGUAGGAAUCAAAGUAUCAUUCAUCAUCAAUUGCUCCAGGGGUAAAGCCCCAAAUAAUUCCAAUAAACUAGCUGUUCAUCGACGUUUCUACACAGCAUUAGCACUGCAGGAUUUAGUCAAUGAGGUACCUCUGAACCAGGUUGCUCAAAGAUUUGGUUGUAAUCGUGGAGCUUUGCAAAGUCUCCAACAGUCUGCAGCCACUUUUGCAGGUAUGGCUACUUCAUUCAGUAAACAACUGGGUUGGAGCAGUGUGGAGCUACUGAUUGGACAGUUCCAAGACAGAUUACAGUUUGGUGUUAGCAGGGAACUCUUAGACCUGAUGAGAUUACCAAUCCUCAAUGGUCAGAGAGCAAGAGUAUUGUUCAAUGCAGGUGUAGAAAAUCUUGUAGAUCUAGCGGGUUGUAACGUCCUGGAUCUAGAGAAUAUCCUGCACAAAGCUAAACCAUUUGAGAGUAAAGAACGUGAGGGUGAGAGUAAACAUGAUGCAGAAAAACGUAACAACUUAAGAACUAUCUUCAUCACUGGAAAACGAGGUCUCACUGAGUUGGAAGCUGCAGGGAUGAUGAUUGAAGAUGCAAGGAAGUACCUUCAAUAUGAGAUUGGUUUAACUGAUGCUAAUUGGUCAGGAAAUGAAGAAAAUGAGACGCAUUCUAGUCAGGAAUUGAAUAAAACAAAAGCAGAUCUUAGUUCAAUAGUAGAAUCACCAAAUGAAACAAAUACAGAAGAGAAUAAAGCUGAGAAUUCUUUGGAGAAUGUAAAUUCAUCUUUGAAAGAAGUUAAUUUCUGUGAUUUAACUUCACUGAGAUUAAGUUCUUCAUCUGACAGUAUGUUUAAUGAUUCAUUUACUGCCCAAAUGAAAUUAGUGCAGAAUCUUAGCGAUGAUAAAGUACAAUCUGAGAAUCCACCUGAUAAUAACUCAGAUUCGUUGUUAACGAAAGCUUUCAUGGACAGUUUUAACGAAUCUCUUACUUUAAGAACUGAUAAAUCUUUUGUUGAAGAUGUACAACCAAGAAAAAGACCAAGUGAUGACAUAAAAUCCACACAUUCAUCUUCUAAUUCUUCUGUUGUAAGUGAAGAUGAUAUGUUUACAUCUCCAAUACCUCCAAAGCUCAGCAGACGUUCAAAAAGUACUUCUGAUCAUGUAGAAGAUGAUCCACAACUGGAAAUUAUUAAUGUAUGUGAUAAUAUUGUACUUUUUAAACAUUUCAUUGAUUUAUUAGCGACACAUACUGCAAUAUCUUUAUCUCUUGCUUGUGAAGACUACGAAGAAGAGAAACAGGAGAUUGGGAUAAGAAAAUCUAUCAAAUUGAAGGAUAAUUUCACUUAUAAAUCGACUAAGAUUCAUGGAUUGGCUGUGUAUUGGCCUGAGACAACUAAAACUCCAAUUAGUUAUUAUAUAGAAUUAGAAAAAUUGAUCAAAAUGGAAGGAAACAUUGAAGAAUCCCGGAUACGUGGAGUUUGCAUCACGCAGAAUUCCACUGGAAGGGUAUCGAUGCACGAACCGAAUGUUCAAAAUGUCCCACGAGAUUUUCAAUUUGUUGAUCCCAUUACAAAUAAAACUCAUGAGAUUUCCUUGCGUAGUGCCUUUAGUUGUUUAGAAUCUGGGAAGGCAAUCAUUGUAUCCGCUGAUUAUUGUCAGUUGGUUAGAAUACUAGCACACUUGUCAAAAGAUUCAAUUCUAAGUCAAAUAAUGUGUUCGGACUGUGAUAUAUUUAAAGCCAUAGCUGCCAAAUGGAUGAAAAUCUCCGAGGAAGAAGUUGAUGAUACUCUAAGACAACAAACAAAACAGAUUUGUUACGGGAUUAUCUAUGGAAUUGGUAAUAAGACUCUUGCGGAUCAAAUGAGUAUCACCGAGAAUGAAGCAUUGGAGUUUACAGAGACAUUCCAUCAGAAUUAUCCAGGAAUUCGGAGGUUUAUUAAAGUUACCAUUGAUAAAUGUGUGGAGCAAGGAUAUGUUGAGACUUUGCUGGGACGCAGAAGAUAUUUAUCUAUGAUUAAUUCUACAAAUCAAUCAGAAAGAAGUAAAGCAGAACGUCAAGCUGUUAAUACGACAGUCCAGGGAUCAGCUGCUGAUAUUGCCAAACAAGCGAUGAUUCUAGUCGACAGGAAAGUCUGCGAAAAGUUUCGUAACUCGCGAAAUGCCCCCAAGUUGAUUCUACAGUUGCAUGAUGAGUUGUUAUAUGAAGUUCCUUUGAAAUACGAAGAUGUCUUUGCUCGUAUAUUGAAGAAAUGUAUGCAGGAGUCUGUCAAGUUGGAUGUACCAUUACCUGUUAAAGUUAAAAGUGGGAAAUCAUGGGGUACACUUGUUUUAAAGCAUUAA